GCCUAGAGGCUUAGGUGGGGAAAAGCCCCGGGACUACAGUAGGCAGACAGAGGUGAGAGGGUUUAUCAAAUCAAAACCCUAACGAUUACAUACAUGCGUGCGUAGAGAGCAGCAGAGGGGAACUGAGAGAGAAAGAGAGUCCUCAACAAUGGCGGUCUCACUGAGACGCUCUUUGAUCUCUUCUCGCAACAUCUCUCUUCUCCUUCGGACUUCUCUCCACUCUCGCCAUCUCUCACACCUUGCCUCCUCUCCCAUUCUCUACGAUUCUUCGUCUUCUCACACCGUCCCCAAUUCACCACCGAUCAAUUUCAUCAGAGAAAGUCGCAGAUGUUUCGCCAAAGGAAGAAAAUCAAAGGGUGAUGAUGACGCCAACACAGUUGAAAUUGUGGAUAUUGGACCUAGUGUUAAGGCGGCCGCUGUGCUGCAGAUGGAAGCAGCAGUUGAUGCACUAUCGCGAGAACUAAGCAAGCUUCGAACGGGGAGGGCAUCUGCUGGAAUGCUCGACCAUAUUAUUGUCGAAACUGGUGGAGUCAGGAUGUCCUUGAGCCGAUUGUCUGUUGUCUCUGUCCUAGAUUCGAAAACCUUGUCUGUAACUCCUUAUGAUCCAAAUGGCCUAAAGGAAUUGUUGACCGCCAUUGUUUCAUCACCACUAGGUUUAAAUCCUAACACAGAUGGCGAUCGAUUGAUUGUACCUAUCCCUCCAUUGACUAAGGUGCAUAUGCAGGCUGUGUGCAAGGUGGUGACCAAAUCUUCUGAAGAUGUCAAGCAGAGUAUAAGAAGUGCUCGCCAGAAGGCAUUGGAUACGAUGAAGAAAGCAGGUUCAAGUUUCCCAAAAGAUGAUGCCAAAAGAUUGGAGAAAGAAGUUGAUGAAUUGACUAAGAAGUUUAUCAAGUCGGCAGAGGAUAUGUGCAAGGCGAAGGAAAAGGAGAUUGCUGCAGGCUGAGUGGUGGCUUGUCGGUAUUCCAAAUAUCUCCGUUAGUACCGUUUUGUUUUCAUUUUGAAGGCUUUUACACCUCAAGUUCCAUAGUUGAGAAUUUUUAAGUUCUCAUCGUUGUUUGUAGACCUUAGAAUAAUGUAGUUAAACAAUUUUAGGGAUUAGAAACCACCAUGAGCAAGGCAAGUCUAUGUUCUGAGAAUGACAAGAAGAUUUAAU